UUUUGACGUUCAAACCGAAGUGUGCGUUCUUGAAACAAAUUUUCGAAUAUCUCGCUUUUAAAUAAUCCUGUUAAUAGAAUUGCUUCUUAUUAGUGUUAUAGAUGUUAUAUUAAGCGGCCAUUUKUAGUAUGGAUCCGAAUGUACAAGGUUUAGUGGACGUUUUGCAACAAACUUUCUCGCCUGACACGGCGGUUCGAAAGCAAGCUGAGAAAGCUUUGGAGUCAGUGGAAGGAACACCAAACUACAGUAUAWUGUUAAUGAACAUCGCCAAUUGUGAUAGUGUUGAUGUGAAUAUAAGAGUAUCUGCUACAGUGACAUUUAAAAAUUUGGUCAAAAGAAACUGGAGAAUUAUUGAAGGUGAACCAAAUAAGAUAAAUGAAGCAGACAGAGCUGCAGUAAAAGCCCAAAUUGUUGACUUAAUGUUAAAAAGUCCAGAAAAAUUACAAAAACAGUUAAGUGAUGCCAUCAGCAUCAUUGGUCAUGAGGAUUUCCCAAAAAACUGGGAAAGUUUAUUACCAGACAUGGUAAACAGGCUGGGYAGUGGUGAUUUUCACAUUAUCAACGGAGUUCUAGUCACUGCACAUUCCUUAUUCAAAAGAUAUCGCCAUGAGUUUAAAUCACAAGAGCUCUGGGCAGAGAUCAAAUUUGUGUUGGAAAAAUUUGCAGAACCUCUUACCAAUUUAUUUAAGGCUAUUUUAGAACAAGCAAAUAAAUGUGGAGAGGACAAAAAUAUGUUACAAAUUGUGUUCAGUUCCAUUCUUCUUAUUUGCAAGCUGUUCUACAGUCUCAACUUCCAGGAUCUUCCAGAGCAUUUUGAGGACAACAUGGAGGUCUGGAUGAAAAACUUUCUGAUUCUCUUGUCACUUGAUAACAAGAUACUUGACACUGGAGAUAAUGAAGAAGCCAGUCUYUUGGAGCUUGUUAAAUCACAAAUAUGUGAUAACGUUGGACUUUAUGCUCAGAAAUAUGAUGAAGAAUUUGAGAAAUACUUGCCUGAUUUUGUAACAGCCAUUUGGAACCUAUUAUUAACAACAGACUCAAAUGUAAAACAUGAUUUGUUGGUCAGCAAUGCUAUUCAGUUUCUUGCAUCUGUCUCACAAAGACCUAAUUAUAAACAUCUGUUUGAGGCUCAAAAUACUCUACAAAGUAUUUGUGAGAAAGUUAUCGUGCCCAACAUGGAAUUCAGAGAUGACGAUGAGGAGAUUUUUGAAGACAAUCCCGAAGAGUACAUUAGAAGAGACAUUGAAGGAUCUGAUGUUGACACUAGGCGACGUGCAGCUUGUGACUUAGUGAGAGGACUGUCAAAGUUUCAUGAGCAGCAUGUGACAGGAAUAUUUCAACAUUAUGUUAUGGUGCUGCUAGAGCAAUAUAAAUCAACAAACCAAGAGAAUUGGAAAUCAAAAGAUGCAGCUAUAUUUCUGGUCACUUCACUUGCUUCGAAAAAGCAAACUGCAAAGCACGGAACCACAAAAGCCAGUGAUUUUUUUGAUUUGGGAGACUUCUUUGUAAAGUACAUUCUACCAGAACUCCAAAUAAAAGAUGUUGAUGCCCAUCCUGUGUUAAAGGCUGAUUCUAUUAAAUAUGUCAUUACCUUUAGAAGCAUGCUAUCAAGGGAUGCAUUGCUCAAUGUAAUCCCAAUCUUAAUGAAUCAUUUGAAGGCAAAGAGUAUGGUAGUACACACCUAUGCUGCACAUUGCUUGGAACGACUUUUUACACUCAAGAAUCCUGGUGGAGGCCCACCAAUAAGCAAAGAAGAGGUGAGCCAAGUCAGCCAGAACCUGAUUCAAAGUCUAUUUGCUGUUCUAAACAUCCAAGGUUCUGAAGAAAAUGAAUAUGUAAUGAAAGCAAUAAUGAGAACRUUGUCAUUGCUACAAGAGUUAGUGACACCUGUUCUUGAUCCUGUUUUGGCAAAACUCACUGAGAAGCUAACAGCAGUUGCAAAGAAUCCAAGCAAACCUCACUUCAACCACUAUUUGUUUGAAACCAUCUGCUGUAUUUUAAGAAAUGCAUGCAAAGCAAAUCCAGGACUAGUAUUGAAGUUUGAGGAAUCUUUAUUUCCAAUCUUUCAUCAAAUUCUCACAACUGAUGUCACAGAAUUUAUGCCAUAUGUAUUCCAAGUAUUGUCCCUUCUGUUGGAGAUUCGAGUGGAUGACAUCCCUGAAGCUUAUAUGCAGUUAUUCCCUUCUCUGCUUACUCCAUUACUAUGGGAAAGAGUUGGAAAUAUCCCACCAUUAGUGAGACUAUUGCAGGCAUACAUUCAAAAAGGCAGUCAACUCAUCAUAGCAAAUAACAACCUGGAUGCCAUUCUUGGUGUGUUUCAAAAGCUUAUAUCAUCAAAAUCCAAUGACCACGAAGGUUUUUAUUUGAUGAGCAGCAUAAUUGAGCACAUGGACCGGGCUGCCCUGCAGGAUUAUAUGCCAAAGAUAUUUAUUUUACUCUUUCAUCGACUACAAAACUCUAAAACAACCAAGUUUAUCAAGACUCUUCUUGAGUUUUUCAGUYUGUUUGCAGUGAAGAACUCUGGAUCAGCUCUGAUUGACGUCAUCGACAAUAUUCAGCCCAAACUAUUUGGGAUGAUUCUUGAAAAGUAUUAUAUUCCAGAUAUUCAAAAGGUAUCAGGAAACAUGGAGCGCAAAGUUUGUGCUGUUGGUAUUACAAAACUGUUAUGUGAACCUACGGCGACUUGGUCCAGAUAUCCUGAUCACUGGGGUUCUUUGCUUGAAGCACUUGUAAAAGUUUUUGAAUUGCCUAAUGACGAUUCUGUACCAGACGAUGAACAUUUUAUUGAAAUCGAAGAUACACCAGGCUAUCAAACUGCGUAUUCCAAGUUGGUAUUUGCUGGUAAAAACGAAAAUGAUCCUUUUGGUGGUGGUAUCCCCAAUGCCAAGUUAUUCCUUGUACAGUCACUGGUAACUCUUUCGCAAGCCCAACCUGGAAAGGUCAUGUCUAAGAUCAACGAAAAACUUCACCAAGAUGCAGUUGCAUUUCUACAAAAGUAUUUACAAGAAGCGGGAGUUGGUCUCAGCUGAGAACAAAGCAAUAGAAGAGAAAUAUUGAGAACGAUGUCUUCCUCAAAUGAACUAACGGUUCAGUAACUAUAGAAUCCUUGCACUUUAAGGUAUCUGGAUACAGUUGUUUAGAACUCCGACCGGGACAAAAGAAACGGGUAAAAAAGUAAUUUAAAUUGGUCAAAUCGUAAAAAUAUUUUACUAAAUAAUUAAAUCCGAUUUUCACAAAAUUUGCUCAAUAUGUAUAUGGAUCCCUUGUUAAUYAUGUAGUAAAAAUAGUAUUACGAUCUGACCAACUUAAAUUACGCUUUUACCCGUUUCUWUUGUCCCGGUCGGAGUUCUAAACAACUGUAUCCAGAUACCUUAAUGCUCGAGUGAAGAUAUCAGAAGUUGGAUUACUAAGGCUAUCGCUGUAUACAAAGGCUCGUGGAUCAGAAUAUUCAAAGUGUAUAAUUGACUAAAUAAAGCUAAUYCAGUUACUAGAAUA